AUGGCUUCUUACACGGUGCCGUUCUUCUUAAACGGAAAGGAAAUAUGCGCUGAGCGCACCUUCGACGUCAGGUCCCCCCUCACCGGGGAAGUCAUCCACUCCUGUUCUAGCGCCAGCACCCAGGACGUCACAAAUGCCGUCGAGAGCGCCGCCGAGGCUUUCAAGACGUGGCGGAAGAUGACUCCCUCCCGCCGCCGGGACAUCUUCCUCAAGGCCGCCGAAGUGAUGGAGCGCCGCAAGGACGAGCUGACCAAGAACAUGGUUGAGGAGACUGGGGCUUCCGCUAUGUGGGCUGGCUUUAACAUUAGCAACACCAUCGACAUGAUCAAGGAUGUCGCUGGACGAAUUGCCACGAUAGAGGGUAGCCUACCGGCCACGGCGGAUGAGGGGCGAGGUGCCCUCGUCUUGAAGGAGCCUUUUGGUGUUGUUCUUGGUAUCGCACCUUGGAAUGCCCCUUACAUUUUGGCCACUCGAGCCGUCGUGUUCCCUCUGGCCGCCGGAAACACGGUUAUCCUCAAGGCUUCAGAGCUAUCCCCCCGUACCAUCUGGGGUGUAGCAUCAUGUUUCCAUGAGGCCGGAAUCCCCGCCGGCGUGUUCAACACCCUCGUUCAUGAGCCCGCCAACGCCGCCGCCAUCACCACCCAACUCAUCGAAAACCCCCACGUCAAGAAGAUCAACUUCACCGGCAGCACGGGCGUGGGCCGCAUCAUCGCCAAGCUCGCUGGCGAGCACCUCAAGCCCGUCCUCCUCGAGCUCGGAGGCAAGGCCCCCGCCAUCAUCUGGGAGGACGCCAACCUCGACCAGGCGGCCCAUGCCUGCGCUCUCGGCUCUUUCCUGCACGCCGGCCAGAUCUGCAUGAGCACCGAGAGGAUCAUCGUGCACAAAAACAUCAAGGCUGAGUUCGAGAAGAAGCUGGCAGCCGCCGCCGAGCAGAUCUUCCCCACCACUGGCGAGGCACCUACGCUCAUCGUCGAGGCCGGUGUCCAGAAGAACAAGAAGCUCGUCCAGGACGCCGUCUCCAAGGGUGCUUCCGUUCUCUUCGGCGAUGCGCAGGCCGAGGGCCCCGCCAAGACCAGCAUGCGUCCCGUCAUCCUUAACAACGUCACGCCCGAGAUGGAGAUUUACCGCACCGAGUCGUUCGGCCCCACCGUCUCGCUCGUCGAGGUCGACAACGAGGAGGACGCUAUCCGCAUCGCCAACGAUAGCGACUACGGUCUUACCUCGGCCGUUUUCACGGAGAACUUGCGUCUGGGUCUAAAGUUCGCGAGGGAGAUCGAGUCGGGUGCGGUGCAUAUCAAUGGGAUGACGGUGCAUGAUGAAUCGACGUUGCCGCAUGGCGGAACGAAGGCUUCUGGGUUUGGAAGGUUUAACGCUUCGAAUGGGUUGGAGGAGUGGGUGAGAACGAAGAAUGUUACGUUUAGUUACUGA